AUGCCGACUAGGUUGGUAGCUGUCGAGCUUACUUUGAGGCUGGCGAUGGGCUCAGCAAACGCGCAACGGCUCAGGUCAGUUGCCCGUCUGUCAGCAGCACGCACGUACCGAUGCUGCGGGUCCUCCCAGCCUGCAUGUGCAGAGCGUGAGAUGCGGGAUUCGGGCCCUUUCCAGUCGGCAGUGACAACGGGAUGCGAAGUUCGUGAGAGAUUCCCUCAGACGAUCAAGGCGAGCCGAUAUCGAAUGAUGGCCCAGAUGUCCGACGACAAGGGGGUGUGCGGAGGGCAACCUGGAGGGGUGGGAGUCCAGUGUCGGCAAGCUGAUACAUGGGACAUUCACGCUCCUAGCGUGUUCGAUAGACAGCCGUUGAAGGAGACGGUCCAGACGGAGGCGUGCAGACACGGGCGUGGGAGCAGGUGUAGCCGUAUCAGUAGAUCAACCAAGCUCGUGAAACAGAGGCGGGUGCGGAUGACGGCGUCUGAGCGGACUGAGGAGCGCCUCAUGCAGUCUGAGUUGGUAAUCUCUCACGCACCGUCCAUGUACAGUAAGAGACGGGAAACAGACCGUUUGGCCGGUCUCUGUCGAGGUUUCGAUUCAGCUCGGAAGCGAUUUGUCGCUCCCGCUUGA